AUGGCUGGGAAGAAUGAAAAGAGUGGUUGGUCUGUGAUGAACGCGGUUAAGAGGGUUGCGGCGAAAAUUGAACAGAGGCCAGCUGUGGCACCCAAAACUACAAAGGACCUAGUCCUCACUUUAGCAGAAGCCAUCAGGUUCGGUUACGCAGAGACACUGGGUACGUGGCACAUCUUGGACUUGCCCAGAGCCAUCUUUUACGCCAUCACUGAGGAGGAUAAGAAAACGGUUGCAAUUGAAUGUGUUGAAAGAAGUGACUGUAAACUGCUGGCAGGCCCGGAACUUGUAAAGGAGCUGUAUGAGGUGAAGAAAUUGUUGUCACUUACAAUGCUUUUUAGCAAAAAACGGUUUCGUUCGUUUUUAUCAGCUGCGAGAUUCUCCGAGGAGGAUGUCAUCCUUAGGAAGAGAAGAGCUCGGAUUCUAAAGCCGGCUUUCACACUCAUACGUGACAAAGAAUCAAAAUGUUUGUUUCUGUUCAUCCGGGGAACUCGGAGCUUAAAAGACACGCUGACAGAUGCAAUUGGUGCUCCCGUUUCCUUCAAACACUUAGUUUCGAGUGAUGGUGAGCUUAAGAGCACCACCGUUUCAGGAUAUGCACACCGUGGUAUGGUCGCUGCUGCUCGUUGGAUUGCCAAGAGCUGCACUCAUGAACUACUCAAAGCUGUUAAAAUAUAUCCCGGCUUCCAAAUCAAGAUCGUUGGGCACUCGCUUGGUGGUGGUACUGCAGCGCUGUUGACAUGUAUGCUUAGAGAAAUAGAACAGUUCUCUUCAACCACUUGUGUCACGUUUGGCCCAGCUGCCUCUAUGUCACUCGAGUUGGCCGAAUUCGGGAAGCCCUUCAUCACUUCCAUUAUAAAUGAUUCUGACAUAAUACCUACAUUGUCAGCUUCUUCUGUUCAUAAUUUCAUUCUCCAGGGUCGGACUAAGCAUAAAAUCGUCCUAAAAGCUGUUCGAAGUUCUAUAACUAACAAAAUAUCACACAUACAAUUUGCUUCUAAAGCCAAAGCCAUUACAGAUCAUGCAGUAACCCGAGGCUCCCAGGUUGUGAUGAAGCAUAGACAAAGAACUCGAUCAUUGUUGAACUGGACCCGACGAGAGAAUAAUGGCACGUUAUUAAGCUCUAAGUCCGAUAACUUGGCUGAAGUUUCUCGAUCAUCCGAGACAAGCUGUGAAUCUCAUGUGGAAGCUGAAGAGAUAAUCAUAGGGUCCACGACAGAUGAGGACGGAUCUAAGUACUCAAGUGAAGCAUCUGAAACAGAUGAAGAAGAUCAUACCGUAUCUGCUAAUGAGGACUUUACUACUUCCUCUGCCUGUAAUGUCUGCAGUGACGAGGAAAUAUUGAAGCAACUAAAGGAUUUUGAUUUGGAAAAACAAGAUAAUACUCCUGACAUUCAUGUUCAGGAAAGAGAAACAACUUGCACAACAAAAGACAUAGGUGAAGAAGAGAAUCAGGUUGUUAAUAAUGAAGAAGGUACUUGUCCAGUCAUAGAAUCAGACAACUCUGGUAGACAUCCUCUUUAUCCUCCAGGCAGGAUCAUUCAUAUUGUCCCUGGACCUUCGUCUGAAAAACCUAAUUCAAACUACGAUGAUCAUGAUGCGAAACACCUCUAUUUAUAUGAAACACCUAGAAAGUUGUAUGGUGAACUCAGAUUCUCAAAAAAGAUGAUAACUGAUCAUUUCACGAGCAAGUAUGUCAAGACGUUAGAAAGAGUAAUCUAUCAACUAGAGCAAGAACACUUCCAUUAUGGUGAAUGA